UGUCGAAAACCUUUUGGCAGACAUAGCCCUAAUCGCGGGGGGGCUUACUCCCGCCCAAACUAUCGUUACGGGAUUAUUGUGAUGCGGCCGACUAUCAACCCAUUUCGAAGAACACAUUCGUCACCAGCUGUUUUACCUCCACUAGUACUAGUGCGAGGGGAAUUCCAACACGAUGGACCCCGGACGCUGGUUGUGGACGGCAUCAUUCAUGGUUCUUGUCAAUCUUGCCGAUGCCAAUCAGAUUGAGCUGGUUCUCCCGUGCGCAUGCGGUCCGCGACAAGAGAGUCACUGCAGUUGCAGAAAAGUCGGAUGUGAUAUUGGAAGGUGCGACAGAUGUCCUUUGAAUAAUACACUGUAUUCAAGACGCAACCUUCAAGUUCUUGUCACAAUUCUUACCGCUCUCCCACGUUGCUUUCCCAUGAAGGGAAACCUUAUAAUAAUGCUGUCGACCAUCGAUUCAUUUCCAACUCGAAUAACGUAUUCGAUGCAUCCGAUUUUGGGCAGAUUCUCUUCAAGUUACGUCGUCUUCUGUUUUACCUCCGCUAGUACUAGUGCGACGGGAAUCCAAAUUGUCAUGCGCUAGGAUAAAUCUUCAUAACUCGUGUCGACACUUUCAGCAGGGCGAAGACGCGUUAUCACAACCAUUGGACUAUCUAUUCGCAACCAAAUGUACUGGAUAUUCCGAUGUUACGUCAUUCUGGCACGUCCAGUCCUCCAACUAGUUUGCAGCGUGCAUAUACACACUCAUUCACCUGCCAUCACACUCAUU